GAGGGACGAGGUGCUGACGAGGAAGGACUGCCUCGACGUCACGUUCCACCAGCUGCGGGCCGACGCCGCGCGCAUGCGCGGGUCCCUCGCCGAGGUCGGCGUGGCGCUGGGCGAGGGCCAGCGCCAGCGGGUCGUGGCGGAGGCGGCGCGGCUGGGCAUGCCCAGAGAGGUGCUGGAGGAGCUCCAGGAGCAGCAGGCCGUGCUGGCCGAGCAGGCGCGCGCCCUGGCGCAGCUGCGGCGGGAGCGCUCCCAGGCGGCCGGGGACCAGUUCUGGCUCGAGCGCUCCCUGGGCCGCGAGGGGGCGCCCGAGGACGCCGCGGCUCAGCGGCGGCUCUUCCGGGAGGCGCAGCAGCAGCUGCAGGCGGCGCCGCCGCAGAUGCCCGACGCCUCGGCGCUCGGGUCGGGGCCGCCACAGGACGGCUACCUCGUCGUCGAGUUCCGCGGCGUGGCCGGCGUCACCCCGGGACGCCUCGCUUUCGCGAGCUUCUUGGUGCGUGUGCUCGGUGCCGCGGGCCAGCAGGUGUGCAAGAUCGAGGUCGACGGUCCCAUACCGCCGAACGGCGGCGCCCAGCAGCUGCGCCGCGCGCAGCUGACGCUGCCGGCCGCCGACCUGCCCUCGCUGCGGCACGUCGAGCUGGGCCUGCAGGGCGCGGGCGGGGGCGCCUCGGCCAGCGUCGCGUUCGAGGACGUGGCCGCCGCGGGCGACGCGGGCGAGCUGCGGGAGCUGCAGCUCCUGCCCGCGGCCGAGUGGUCCGAGCACGAGCAGGCCGCGUCGAUGCAGGUGCUGCUGAGCGCCGUGCUGCCUCAGGACGGCGCCGGCCGCACGCUGGCGCACACGCGCGUGGCCCGGCGGCCGGAGGCAGCCCCCAGGUCGGAGUUUCCUGGGCCGGAGCUGCCGCCGUCCCAGCACCACCUGCGGCAGCGCAACCUGCGCUGGCCAGAGGGCGAGGAGCCAGAGGUGUACAGGGGCCCCGCGCAGGCGUCCAGAGAACACCUGGCCUUCGCCCACGGCCCGCCGGGCGGCGCGAGGGGCCCCGCGGAGGAGCCCGAGGCCCCGCCGCAGGCGCAGGACGACGGCCCGCGGCGCGGGGGCUUCUUCGCGGGCUUCGGCGAGCCCGCCGCGGCCGCGCCGGAGGGCCCCCGCGGCCCCGAGGCCGGCCCGGCGGGAUCGGAGCCCUCGCUGGCCUCCACGCCGCCGGAGGCGCCGGGCGGCACCACCUGGUUUGCGGCCUUCGCCGGCUUCGGCGGCGGCGGCGCCGCGGAGGCCGCCGAGGCCGCGCCUGCCAGCGACAGCCGGGCGCGCGCGGCGGCGCCCGCCGCGGGGGGGCGCGGCGGCGCAGGCGCGCGGGGCGGCGCUGCAGCGCCGCCCUUCGCCGCCUUCGCGGGCUGCAGCGGCGCGGGGGCGCCGCCCGCCGACGAGGCGCGCCUCGCCGCGGGCGAGGGCGACGGGGCGGCGGCGCCGCCCGGCGGCGGCCUGCCCUUGGCGGCGUUCGCGGGUUUCGGGGAGGGCGCGGGGCGGGGCGAGCUGGCGCCCCUGCGGCUGCGGCCUCCGUCGAGCUCGGAGAGCAUCGGCUUCUUCUUCGCGAGGCUGCGCGGGGCGGUGCAGCAGGGCCGGCUGGGCGCGCCCGAGGUGGCGCAGGACGUCCUCGAGUUCUCCUCGAAGGUGGCCGAGGCGGAGGACCUCUCGGAGCUGGCCGGCGGCGAGGAGCAGGUCAGCGUGUACUCGGCGCUGCUGCUGGACGCGCUGGACAAGUACGGGAAGCUUUACCCCAAGUGCGCGAUCCUGAUCGUCGCGAUGGUCGAGGCGCUGACGAACGUCUACAGCUGCGCGGGAGACCGCAGGGCGCAGCUGGCGGUCCCGCUGUUCACGGCGUUCUGCCGCGCGGCGUCGAGCCUGAGCGAGGAGCAGGGAACAUGCACGCCCGGCUCCUGGCCGGGCUGGCGACGGUGGCCACGCCCGACUGCCGCGUGGACACCCGCGGGCUCGUCGACUACGCCGUCGGGCAGCUGGACCGGCGGCGCGCACGCACGCCGCCGCUCACCGCGGAGCACGCGCUGGCCCUGUUCUGCGUCGCGCGCGCGACGCACCGCGUGGGGGAGCAGGUCCGCCACGCGCUCCUCGUGCUGAGGGCGUACAAGUCCGACCCCCACCUCGCGAUGCGCGCCCUGGUCACCGUUGCCGAGCUCUACGAGGUGAUCGACCAGGCCAGGGAGCAGUCGCUCCCCGAACUGGAGGAGGCGAUCCCGGCCGGUGGCCAUGACGUGCGCCUCGUGGUCACGCUGCUGGACCUGUACCCCGGGAACCGGAAGGUGGCCGGGGCGGCGGUGCGGGCGCUGGCGGCGGCCUGCCGGCUCUCCGGCGAGCACCUGAGGGCCGUGGCCGCCGGCGAGGUGGACGGGCUCGGGAAGGCGCAGCAGCGCCACUCGAGCAGCCGGUCCGUCAACUUCCACAUCUGA